GAAAACGAAAGGAACGCAAAAUCGAACUGUGGUGAUUUGAGUUUAUUUGACCGAGAGAAAUUGUUGCAGUGCACAAGAACUAGUUCCUCUUCUUAAUCAUCAGAUUCUGCGAUCUGGGUUUGGAGAAAAAAACCAUAUUUUCUCAGGAAAAUCCGUAAAAGUUUUCCUUUUUUUCUUUGUACAUUUGUAAAAUCGGGUUCGAAAAAGUUUCGUUAUCUGAGUUUUAUAUUGUUGGGUUGUGAAUCUUUUGAUCCGGGUCCCUCUGCUUCGGCUUCAUAAAUUGGAGACUGAGUGUUUCAGUGUGUAAAAAAAUGAAGGAAAAGCUUGGAUUUUUAGUUUGUGUGUGGUUUCUGCUAUGUGGGGUUUGUGUGGCGAGGUUCGUGGUGGAGAAGAGCAGUUUGAAAGUGACUUCUCCGAGCUCGAUGAAGGGUGAGUACGAAUGUGCGAUUGGGAACUUUGGGGUUCCUCAAUACGGAGGAACUUUGGUGGGAACUGUGUACUAUCCGAAGACCAAUCAGAUGGCAUGCAAAGGGUUUGAAGAUACCGACGAAUCCUUCAAACCGAAGCCCGGUGGUCUGCCGACGUUUGUUCUUGUCGAUCGAGGAGAUUGUUACUUCACAUUGAAGGCAUGGAAUGCACAGAAAGGGGGAGCGGCCGCCAUUCUUGUUGUAGAUAACAAGAAUGAGCAGUUGAUUACCAUGGACACUCCUGAACAAGAAGAUGCGGAUGCUGAUUAUCUGCAGAAUAUCACAAUUCCUUCGGCUCUCAUUAGCAAAGAGUUGGGAGAUAGUAUAAAAAAAUCUCUAUCGGGCGAUGAGAUGGUCAACAUAAAUCUAGACUGGACAGAGGCUCUUCCACAUCCUGAUGAACGUGUUGAGUAUGAGUUUUGGACGAAUAGCAAUGAUGAGUGUGGGCCAAAGUGCGACAGCCAGAUUGAGUUUGUGAAGAACUUUAAGGGAGCAGCUCAGGUACUUGAGCGGAAGGGGUACACCCAGUUUACUCCACACUAUAUAACAUGGUACUGUCCAGAAGCUUUUGUUUCGAGCAAACAGUGCGAGUCUCAGUGUAUCAAUCAUGGGAGGUACUGUGCUCCUGAUCCAGAGCAAGAUUUCAGUAAAGGUUAUGAUGGGAAAGAUGUUGUGGUCCAAAAUCUCCGUCAAGCUUGCUUCUAUAAAGUGGCCAAUGAAAGUGGAAAGCCAUGGCUUUGGUGGGACUAUGUCACGGACUUUGCAAUACGUUGCCCAAUGAAAGAGAAUAAGUACAACCAAGAAUGUGCAAAUCAAGUUAUUGAAUCCCUUGGUGCUGAUCUGAAGAAGAUACAGAAAUGUAUUGGCGACCCUGAAGCAGAUGAGGAGAAUGCAGUUCUGAAGGCCGAACAGGAUGCCCAGAUUGGCAAGGGCUACCGUGGAGAUGUUACAAUAUUGCCAACUCUUGUAAUAAACCGCAGACAGUACAGAGGGAAACUGGACAAGGGAGCUGUUCUCAAAGCCAUCUGUUCUGGUUUCCAAGAGACCACUGAGCCCGCUGUUUGUUUAAGUGAAGAUGUACAAACAAAUCAGUGUUUGGAAAACCAUGGAGGUUGCUGGCAUGACAAAGUUGCUAACCUUACCGCUUGCAGGGAUACGUUCCGUGGACGAGUGUGUGAAUGCCCUAUUGUGCAAGGCGUAAAGUUUGUUGGCGAUGGGUAUACUCACUGUGAAGCUACAGGAGCAUUACGUUGUGGAAUUAACAAUGGAGGUUGUUGGAAGGAAACCCAACUCGGCAGGACUUACUCUGCUUGUCGUGAUGACCAUACAAACGGUUGCAGUUGUCCACCAGGAUUCAAGGGUGAUGGAGAGAAAACAUGUGAAGAUGUGGAUGAGUGCAAGGAGAAAACAGUUUGCCAAUGUGCACACUGCAAAUGCAAGAAUACUUGGGGCAGUUACGACUGCAGUUGCGGUGGUAGUUUACUGUACAUGCAAGCAUAUGAUGCAUGCAUAAGUAAAAACGCCAGUGGUUCUGGGUCUAGCUGGGGAUUAAUUUGGAUUAUCAUUCUCUGCUUGGGUGCUGUCGGAGUUGGGGGAUAUGCAGUUUACAAGUAUCGAAUCCGGAGAUACAUGGAUUCAGAGAUCCGGGCAAUCAUGGCGCAGUACAUGCCGUUGGGUAAUGAAGGAGAAGUUCCCGGCCAUGUCUCCCGCGGGGAGAUCUGAAACUGGCGGAGACAUAUUCAUAAGAUGUAAGAUGCUGACCGAGAGAAAAGGGAAGACAAACGACGUCCUGAAAUCCUAUGUCCUCCUCUAACCUCUAGGCGCGGCAUUAACAAUCGGUUCACUCGCGAGAGUGUAACGUUUUAAAUGUGUCUAGCAUCAGCGUUGCUCCGCAUGUUUCGCAUUAUAUUUUCUAGUAGGAAACAAUUGUCCGUCGAUGUUCUCAUCAAUGUAAAACAUACCACAGAAAACUAGAUACAAGUACUAAUCCGGCUUCGAGGCAAGCCGGGCUUUACUCGUUCAUAAUCUUACACCAAUCUUCCAAUGCCAA